AUGGGUGACGAGUAUGAAAUGAUGGGAGAACUACCCAAUGAAGCCCCACCUCCACCAGCACCACCACCACCACCACCACCACCACCACCACCACCACCCCCUCCACCGCAUCCACCAGCAGAUCACCUAAAUGCACUGAAGAAAACGCCUUUAAAUCCGAGCACUGCUCCUACACCAGCAACUAGUUCAAAACACGAUAAACUUACCACAGCAAAGGGAAAGAAAAGAGGUGGUUCAAAAGCUACCACUACUGGGACGACGCAGGGAUCAACCGAGGAGUGA